AUGGCGGCAUCCUCGCUGAUCUCGGACAGCAAGGAGUGGCGAGCGCUGCAAGACCACGUCGGCGCCAUCAAGCAGACGCAGCUGAGGGAGCUGCUGGAGGAUGAUGCCCGCACCGAGGCCAUGGUGAGGGAGGCGGGGGGAGUGUACCUGGACUUCUCCCGCCAGAACGCCACGCCCGACACGCUCAAGCUGCUGCUGGAGCUGGCGGGCGCGGCGGGGGUGGGCCCCAAGAUCCAGGCCAUGUUUGGCGGCGCCCACAUCAACUCCACAGAGGGCAGGGCGGUGCUGCACACCGCGCUGCGCGCGCCUCGAGGCGCCGUGGUGGAGGACGGCGGCGCCAACGUGGUGCCAGAGGUUUGGGCGGUGCUGGACCAGAUCAAGGCCUUCACAGAGCGCGUGCGUGGCGGCGAGUGGGUGGGCGUGACGGGCAAGCGCCUGACCAGCGUCGUGUCGGUGGGCAUCGGCGGCAGCGCCUUGGGGCCCCUGUUUGUGCACACAGCGCUGUCAACCGAGCCAGAGGCCAUGGCGCAGGCCGCUGGGCGCCAGCUGUCCUUCCUGGCCAACGUGGACCCCGUGGAUGCGGUGAGGGCGCUGCGGGGCCUGGACCCAGAGGCCACCCUGGUGGUCAUCGUCUCCAAGACCUUCACCACCGCCGAGACCAUGCUCAACGCCCGCACCGUGCGCGCCUGGCUGACGGAGCGGCUGGGCCAGGCGGCGGUGGCAAAGCACAUGGUGGCGGUCAGCACCAACCUCAAGGCGGUGGAGGCGUUUGGCAUCGACCCCGCCAACGCCUUUGGCUUCUGGGACUGGGUGGGCGGCCGCUUCUCCGUCUCCUCCGCCGUCGGCAUGGUGCCGCUGUCGCUGCACUACUCCUUCCCGGUCAUGGAGCGCUUCCUGCAGGGCAUGCACGCCAUGGACGACCACUUCCGCACCGCGCCACUCCAAGACAACCUGCCCGCGCUGCUGGGACUGCUCAACAUUGACUUUGGCGAGCCCGGCACCAACGGGCAGCACUCCUUCUACCAGCUCAUCCACCAGGGCCGCACCAUCCCCGCAGAGUUCAUCGCCGUCGUGCGCAGCCAGCAGGAUGUGUACCUGGGGGGCGAGAAGGUGAGCAGCCACGAGGAGCUCAUGUGCAACUUCUUUGCCCAGCCCGACGCCCUGGCCUGCGGCAAGGACAGCGGCACGCUGCGCGCCGAGGGCGUGCCGGAGCACCUGGUGCCGCACAAGACGUUCACGGGCAACAGGCCGUCGCUGAGCAUCCUGCUGCCCGAGCUGAACGCAUACACACUGGGCCAGCUGCUGAGCAUGUACGAGCACCGCGUGGCGACCAGCGGGUUUGUGUGGGGCAUCAACUCGUUCGACCAGUGGGGCGUGGAGCUGGGCAAGGUGCUGGCCAACAAGGUGCGGAGCAAGGUGCAGGAGGCGCGGUCCGCGGGGCGCCAGGUCAGCAAGGCAGACGGCUUCAACGCCAGCACCGUGCGCCUGCUCAACCGCUUCCUGGAGGCCAAGACGCAGCCGCCGGCGCAGGGCAAGCACACCUUCCCGCCCGGCUUGGAGCUGUGA